GAAAAGAAAUCCCAGGAGGAAAGUUUCUGCAGCCAACGAAGACUGGAAAAAAAAAUAAAAAUAGAACAACCGGUCAAAGAAAAUUCAUAAGGAAAAAGAUUGCGAUGAUUUUUGUUUCCUUUUAUCCGUAAAUCUUUUUGUCUUUGUUCUGAACUUUUCUACAGUAAGCUUUUGCAGUUCUUGAUUCUUUCCUUUCGUUUGAGGAGGUUUCAUUUCUAUUCCUCUUUGCUUUGUGUAUUUAGUGGAAGUUUGAGUUGGGUUUGCUGAUUCUUGGGGGAGGAGGGGUAUAUGUUUUGUGGGGUUGUGAUAAUUGAAGUUGUUGCUUGUUCUUUUCGUGGGUUUCACAAGUGGGUCUACGAAUAUGGGGUUGCAAGUUUGAGUCAAAAGACUUAAACUUUAUGCUUGGGUUUUGGUGAAAAGUGGGGGAUUUCGAUAGCGGCGUGAGGGGAAUAUGGGUUUUCAUUUGGUUUGAUUGGGACAUUAGUGGGAUUGUUGAUCUUUGGUGCAGAGUGGGUUUCUGCAUUUGGUGAUUGUUCUUGUUGGAGAAAGGGGUCCUUUUGCCCCUUUAGAAAGAUAAAGAACAAUGCAAGCUUGCUUCAAUUUUUGAAGGGAUUGACUCAGAUUUCUGCAUCUUGGUUUUGAGUUGGGGAUUCGGUAAUUUAGUAAAAAUAUGAUCAAACAGAUACUUGGUAAGAUUCCUAGGAAGCAUUCGAAAUCCUCUGGAGACCCGAGCCAUUCCGCAAGUUCUGUUACUACUUCAAAGAGAAGCGAAGGAGGAAGUAAAAGAUUGAGCAGUUCAGUUGAUGAAGCUAUAUCAGCCCCUUACUCUGUUUUAAACAUUAGGAAUAAUGCAGAAGACAAGUUCCUUCGUGAUAAGAAUUCAAGAUUGAAUGGGAAUCAGAUUCCUGCUUCAUAUGAAGCGUUGCCAAGUUUUAGGGACGUCCCCAAUUCCGAGAAGCAGCAGUUGUUUAUCAGGAAGGUGAAGAUGUGUUCUGUUGCAUUUGACUUCACUGAUCCUACUAAGAAUGUUAAAGAAAAAGAGAUCAAGCGGCAGACUUUGUUAGAGUUAGUGGAAUACGUGACUUCUGCAAGUGGGAAAUUUAGUGAAACGGUUAUGCAGGAAGUUGUUAAGAUGGUAUCUUUGAAUAUAUUCAGAGAAUUUACUCCUCAACCAAGAGAGAACAAGUUGUUAGAUGGCCUUGAUUUGGAAGAGGAAGAGCCCUCCAUGGAUCCUGCAUGGCCUCAUUUGCAAGUUGUCUAUGAAUUUUUGCUAAGAUUCAUUACUUCACCAGAAACUGAUGCAAAGAUUGCCAAGAGAUAUAUUGAUCAUUCCUUUGUGCUGAAGUUGCUUGAUCUCUUUGACUCGGAAGAUCCUAGGGAGAGGGAAUAUUUGAAAACUAUACUACACCGCAUCUAUGGGAAAUUCAUGGUGCAUCGGCCUUUCAUCAGGAAAGCUAUCAAUAAUAUAUUCUAUCGCUUCAUCUUUGAGACAGAAAGGCAUAACGGCAUUGCCGAAUUUCUUGAAGUUCUUGGCAGCAUAAUUAAUGGGUUUGCUCUUCCCCUGAAGGAGGAACAUAAACUCUUUCUUGUCCGAACGUUAAUUCCCUUGCAUAAACCGAAAUGUUUGGCAAUGUACCACCAACAGCUAUCUUAUUGUAUUACACAAUUUGUCGAGAAAGACUGCAAGCUCGCUGAUAUUGUUAUCAGGGGGCUGAUAAAGUACUGGCCGGUUACCAACAGCUCAAAGGAAGUUCUGUUUCUUAAUGAGCUGGAGGAGGUUUUAGAAGCGACGCAGGCACCAGAGUUCCAGCGUUGCAUGGUACCUUUGUUUCAGCAAAUCUCCCAUUGCUUGAAUAGUUUGCACUUUCAGGUGGCAGAGAGGGCUUUGUUUUUGUGGAACAACGAUCACAUCGAGAACCUAAUCAAGCAAAAUCGCAAGGUUAUACUGCCCAUUAUCUUCCCUGCUUUAGAAAGAAAUGCUAGACACCACUGGAACCAGGCUGUUCACAGUUUGACCCUCAAUGUUCGCAAGAUAUUCUACGAUCUUGAUCCUGAUCUAUUUAAGGCGUGCCAGGUCAAGUUUCAGGAUGAUGAGGCCAAGGAAAAGGAGAUGAAAGAGAAACGUGAAGCCACAUGGAAACGUUUGGAAGAACUUGCUGCAAGAAAUGCUGCAAGUAAUGAAGCUAUCCUUGUUCCUUGAACUCGGCUUCCUUCAACAACUUCAGCUCCUUGCUUUCACUCCAUUUCUUGCCUGAGGUUCGUUUGCAUGAUCUUUCGGUUUCUCCUUUUGCUGCGAGUUUUUCAUUAAUUUGAUAUGCCUUUGUUUUUUUCCAUUGAGUGUGUGGAGAAAUUCGUUUAAACAGUAGGUGUAGCUAUUGGUGUCACUUUUUACUUGUUCAGACAUGCAUAAUUAUAUUAGCAGAUGGGCAGUUGAAGAAUGUUUAUUACUACAUUUAUAGUAUGAAGAAAUCUGAAAUAAUUGACUAAUG